AUGGCAGGGAUGGCGGGGCCUCCUGUCCUUCUGGGGCUCAGGGAUGCAGCAGUGGCGGUCGGGGCCUGCACCACCAGCAAGCUGGGCGGCUCCCCGGAUUGUGCCCCUUCGAUCAACAUGGUUUAUCCUCUGUGUGGGAUUUGCCGAGCAGCGCUGGCACAUAUCGUUCAGAUAUAUUGUCCUCUGGAAGGCUCGCCAUUUCAUCGGAUAAUAAAUGUUUUUGCUUGUGUCCAGAAAGAAUGCUGGGGGAAACCAGAGAGCUGGCAGGUCCUGCGUUCCCAGUGUUCGCAGUUGCAAGGAAAAGGAACUCAACACCGCAAAUCAAAGCAGCAACAGAUGAAUAACUUUGCCACCAAGGACUGGUGUGAAGAAGCGGAUGACUGGGGAGCAGAGGAAAUGGAUUCUCAGGUGCAGGUUACCAAGCACCUCGAAUCCAGUGAAAAAGCCACCUCUUCGGUGGCCCUAAGCAAAGACUGUACCGCUCGGUUUCAAGAACUCAGCCUAGAAGAAACUACAGACGGCCUUGGUUCUUGCGGUGGUGAUAUCCCCCCUUGGGAAGGACUCCUUAUUCCCAGUUCCGUUCCUGUGUUCCAGCCCUACUACAUCAGUGUGGUAGAUGAGGCAGAUUACACUGGUUUUAUUGAUACAGAUCAUGCACAAAGGCUUCUGAGGGAAUAUCAACUAAGAGAGGGUAUUGAUGCGGAACAGCUGGUAUCAGAAAGUAUUUUUGAAAGUGGUGAAAAGUAUGAGAAGACUGAAGCCAAAAAUAGAGACAAGGUGUUUCAUAAAUUUAUGAAAAGGAUUUCAGUCUGCCAUGAACAGAUUCUAAGGUACUCGCGGAGUGGGCAACCUUUAUUUAUCACCUGCCCUUCAUUUGAUACCAAGGAGAUCCCUCCUUGCAGGAAUUGUGGAAGUGACAGGACAUUUGAAUUUCAACUGAUGCCUGCGCUGGUCAGCAUGCUUAACAGCUUUAAUGGAGGCCUGUCCGUAGAAUUUGGAACCGUUCUUGUUUACACAUGUGAGAGGAGUUGCUGGCCAUCAAAUCAACAGACUCCUCUGGAAGAAUUCUGUGUAGUGCAAGAAGACCCAGAUCAACUCUUAUUUAAAUAAUCAUUUUCUUGUCAAGUAAAAGGUUUUUUUUAAUAUA